GUUAACCUUUCUUCUUUGUGAGGUGAAAUGGUUGGCGGAUGAGCUUACAAAAGCAAUUUUCACACAACCCCAGAAAUAGAAUAUGUCUUUAAAAUUCCUACCUUUGAGUUUUUUCUGUAAAUUUUUAUUCAUUAAAAAUGAAGUUAGAAAGAUCGUUAAAAUUCCUUUUUGCCGGCUAGAGAAUUCAGUAAAUCCAUUGAAAUAAGAUGCUGUUGUAAUAUUUAACUACAGAGUUUAUUGAUAGCCAGAAUAUUACAGUUAACAUUUAUAGCGUUGGUUUCUCCGGCUUUUUUGUUUCACAUAAUACAUUAUACAUGAAAUAACCUUGAUAUUGGAAUCCAGGCUUGUUAUUGGUAUAUCACACUUUAAUUUUCUUGUUUUAGGUUCCCAGUAUGGUGAAAAAUGAGUACGCUCUACUUGUUAUUAGUAUGCUGCAACAUCCUUACCGGGAAGAGAGAAAGGUUGUAAGAAUAAUGAAAGAAAAGCCAGAUAUAAUGUUAAGUACAAACAAAGCUUACUACCAGCUUGGAGAAAACGUUGAAUUGUGGGUGUUUGCGUUGGAUCAUCACCGAAUGCCAUACGAAGGACAGAUCCAAAAAGCUAUGCUGAUGGACCUUGAUAUGGGCGAGCUGUAUGAUUUAAUUGAAAAUAUUCCCUUAAAGAGAGGUAUCGCCAGUGUAUCUUUCUCUACAAGUAAUGUUGUCCAAAAUGGAAAAUUCUUGAUAAAACUGAUGCUUGAAAACUACGAAAAAGUCAUCAAAAUACAAAUUGGGUCAGGUAACUUGGAUACGUCAAGUAAUGCGGUAGCCAGUUCCUUGUUUGGAUUCCAGAAACUGCCUCAAAAAGAAUUGCGCGUGCCUGAUGAAACAUUUUACUCACGCUCUGGGAUGAAAAUAAAUAUCAUGAUGCAGGAAGGUCCUUUUGAGAUUGGCAAAAAUGUUAAAGUUGAUAUCAUAUACGAUAAUCCAGCGGAUGGUUCAAAUGCAUUUGUGUAUGAGAUUGUUUGCAAUGGAGAAAUCCAAAAACACGAAAGAGUCAAUGAUUUAUUUUCGUCUUGGUUCUGUCGACCAGGAAUAUUUAGGCUUUGGAACACAUUUUCAACAGGUCCAACACGUGAUGAGCUGUGUGACAGGGGACAGAAUAGAUUUUCAAUCAAUUUCGAAGUAACGAAAAACAUGUAUCCUGGAUGCACAUUUCUUAUCUUUAAAGUUGUUGAAGAAAAAGAAAUCGUUGCUGCUAGAACGAAUAUCAAAAUAGCAACCAGGAAGCCAAAAAUCAAGGCAAAGUUGCGUGUUGCCAGAAGUUCUUUUGAGCCCAAUGAAGAAUUCUCAGUGGUUGCUUCUGAUGCAGCUGGCAACACUAUACUCUUUAUUGGGAAUUCGAAGCAAAGCGACAAUGAGCCCAGUGGCAUGAUAACUGGGCCAAAUAUAAAGAAUCGUCAAAAUGACAACCACGUGUAUUCAAGGGAUUCAGGAACAAUCAAUACUCAGUGUAAAGGAAAAGAUUAUGUCACCGCAAAGCAGAUUUUCCAGAACAGCGGGCUAAGCAUUAUCACUAAUUGUGACUCUGAUCCAGAUAUUCCUUGUCUAGAAAAGAUUUUGUUAUAUAAACGAUCACAAUACAGACCAGAGGAAGAGAUUUUAACGUUGGCAGGAAAUUGCACAUCUUGGGUUUGGGCAAAAACCGAUGUAAUGAACGAAAACCAACAAUUAAAGUUAAGAGCACCAUCAAGGGCGGGAAAAUUUGUUCUUGAGCCUGUUAUAAUCUCAUCAGUGACUGGUGUUGACGUAGCAGAGUCUAUAGAGAUAGAAGUCAAAGAAAAGAAAUUUCCAAAAGCUGGAAGCAGCAGUAUUGCUCCUUUAACAAGAUGGCCACUCUCAACACAGACAGUGAGUGUUAGCAUUGAACCUCACGUGGAAAGGAAGCUGUUUAUAUUUAACUACUGCCAACCGCUUGAAAUGAAGAUAUGUUUAAGAGAAUCCAAGCUCAAUCUGUAUAGAAUGUACAUAGUUACAGUUGAGAUGCUGCCGAAUUUUUCAUUUGAUGAAGAUGACCUUAAACGAGUUCAUCGGAAUAACAAAUCAUUGUUAUUCUAUGUGAAUUUACCAAACAGGACAAUUUUUUACGUUACAAGUCUUGCAUCUCGAAAAGGAUGUUUCAGAAUCAGAUUAAAGCAAUUUGGUCCAAUUGAUUGGUCACAAAACAAAGCCGUGGUUACCUAUAUAAGUUCUUGGAAUCGAGGAAUGAAACGAUCAUUUACUUACUGGAUAUCAGAAGAAGACUGCAUGAUAAGCUAGAAAGCGCCAAUUAGAUGCAGCUGAAAUCGACUGCUCCAAGAUCCGUCGGGUGCAGAUAAUAAAAUCAGUUGGAGCUCAAGUAUGGGAUUUGAAAGCCUCAUCUAAUUAUUGGAACAUCUGCUCAAAUCACUAUGAGGAGUUCAUUUCAAAAAACAGCAGUGCUCCAUUAAAAUUAACAGCGAUCUUCCAAACUUUUCUCAGUUUCUUAAAUAUAGUAUUAUGUAAAGCCAUCAAUUAUGAUAGAUGAAAUGGUUCACAUCAAGA